CGGCAUCCCCCGCGUCAUCCACCAGUCCUGGAAAAGCGUCUACCGAAUCCCCACGCGGUUCCACCCGUGGAUGAAGAGCUGGAGAGACUUCCACCCGACGUGGGCCUACGUCUUUUGGACGGACGAGGACAACCUCCGGCUGUUCCAGCAGCUCUAUCCACAGUACCUUCACGUCGCCAGGCUGUCAAGAAGGUGAGUCUGGCGGACAUGGCGCGAUACGCGCUCUUGCACCAAGUCGGAGGGCUGUACGUGGACGCAGACUUCGAGUGCCUGCAACCGUUCGACGAGCUGCAUCGAGGCCGCAACUUGUUCCUCAGCUCCGAGCCGCUGGUGCACGCGGUGCUACUGGAGAAGUCACGCUCGGCCGCGCUGUGCAACGCGCUGAUGGCGUCCGCCCCGGGGCAUCCGUUCUGGCUGCAGGUGCUGGACAACAUCAAGGAAAAGUUCGACCGCGAGCGCCUUAGAAGCGACGCGGUGGAGCUCACGGGCCCUCGGAUGGUGAAGCACACGUACGAGUCCUUCAAUUCAAGCUUCAACUCGGACAUUGAGGUGUUCCCGUCUGAGUAUUUCUACCCGGAGGUCGCGUACUGGAACAAGGAGCCGAUGGAGCAGGCCUGCCGCCGCCGACGCCACGACGACGCGGCGAGAGAAGCCUGCGACUGGCUGAGCAAGUUCCCCCGGGGCGAGUUCACCAACAACACGCACGCGACGCACCACUGGCAGUGCACGUGGUGUCGAGACGCCCAGUUGGACGAGUUCGGUCCUCUCCGAGACGUCUUCGCGUCGCCCCCAAUGCGUCCCAACAUCACGUCCACUGGCAUUGAGCUCGUGGCCCUAAAGUAA